AUGCCUGCCAAGCGUCCAGCUAGCAGUGACCAACUCAACCCAUGUGAAGAGUACGUGGAUGAGUUCAGUGGAGAUUUGGAUAAUUGGCGGGAAGGCGAUGUAUGCAUCUCACCUGCACCCAGCUUCAGGCGAGCUAAGCCUCGACCACGUCAUGGCCAAGCUCGAGUACCAGAAUGGGUUUUGCAUGAGCUUGAACGACCCACCUGUCCUAACCAAAGUCAACGAGCCAAUGACAUCGUUACAAGGCAUGAAGAGAGACGCAGUGUUGCGAGGCACAUGCUCUCCUCGUCGAUACCAUCUCCUCCACCCCCAAUGAGUCACACUCGGGAUGAGUUUGAUUACUCCAGUGAUUUCACCGAAGAAGAUGACGAGGAUACACUGUUGGUGGGGAGUACAUGUCGACGAGUCCUGACUAAGAUAAGCUCCGAUUGUGAUGAGAUGCUACCAUCACCAGAUGCUGAUGAUGAAGAUGACGAUUACGAGAUAAAACAACUAAUGAAGAGGAGAGGCAAACGGUUUACCAAAGGAACCACUACUACGCAAUCAACAGAUCUGGGGAGGCAGAGUCGUGGGGACGGAGCACGAACUGCAGCAAAGAAACCUAAAGCUGCAGGAAGUAUGGUCCAGGAUCAGAUUGCCGACGGUAGAAAUGUCAUCCCACACCAGCGAUUACUGGACCCAUGGAAAUUACCUCCGAUCGCCAACCUGACGAAAAAGGGCCCGGUAAAUCUUAUCCACACUACCGCUACAAACUCCAGUAUGACUGUUCAUGAUACAGGCCUACUUAUCAUAAGUGCCUCGGAGGAAAUGUUACUAAAAUCUAUUCAAGCAAAGACCAGACGUCGCAAGAAGCUUGAAAGGAGGCACAACAAAAAGCGGAAAACAGAGAACAAGUAG